AUGACGCGGCUGCUGCACGAAACGGUCGCGCGCGAGCGAGAUAUCGACAACGAGCUCGCCGCGUUGCUCGCCGCGAGAGGCGGGCUGGAGCGGCGCCUUCUGGGCCUGCACAAAGCCGCCACUGACGUCCUCGAAUUAGUCCGCACUGACGCCGAUGCGGUUCUCGCGUCGGUCUCGGGUACCAGCCAGCUCGCGUCUCGGGUCAGCGGGAGCGUCCGGGAGCGUGACGCGGCGCAGUCCCGCGUCGCGACCACCAUCGCGCGCAUCGACGCGAUCGUCGACCGCAGCAACUGCAUCACCGGCGCGCGGAACGCGCUGGAAGCGUCAGAUUACGAGGCGGCAUCGCGGUUCAUAGAGACGUUUCUGCAGCUUGACGAGGAGCUGCUCCACCCCACCACGCCGCGCUCCCCGAUCGCGGCGGCGGACGCAGCGGCCGCGGCGCUGCUCGGGCAGGCGCCUCCGCAAGCGCAGGCGGGGGCGUCCCCGCAUGCGAUUGACUCGCAGGCGGCGGAGACUGCGCGGGAGCAGCGGAGGCAGCUCAUGGAAUCGAAGGUUAAGCUUGAGGGGGUGAUCCGCAAGCGGUUCGCGGCAGCGGCGGACGAAAUGGAUCAGGCGGGGGUGGAGCGGUUUGUGCGCCUGUUCCCCCCGCUGGGGCUGCAGGCGGAAGGCUUGCGCGCGCUCGUGGGGUACCUCCGCAAGGUCGUGGCGGUACGCGCGCGUGAGCAAUUCGCGGCGCUGCUCUCGUCCCUCGAUGUUGCCGCCAGCACCGCCGGCGGCGGCGGGGCAGCCGCCGCGAUGCUUGCCGUCUCCCCGCAGGCGGAUUUCGCGGAGGCGCUCACGGCGCUUCUCCGUGACGUGGCGCUUGCUGUAGAGAGCAACGAGGAGCUCCUUAAAGCGGUCGCCGGCGAGGACGGCGUGGUGGCGGCGAUUAAGGAGCUCCAAGCCGAGUGCGACGCGCGAUCCGCCGCCAUUCUUCGCAAGUACGUCGAGCACCGUCGCCUGCCGCGCCUGGCAAAAGAAGCAGCGGCGGCGGCGGCUGCGGCGGGGUACACACUGGGCAGCAUUGGCGGCGGCGGCGGCGGCGGCGGGCACGGAGGGGGUUUCAGGGCGGCAGCGGCAGUAGUUGCUUCGGACGGGUCGGUGGUGGGACCGAAUCCUCAAGAGGUGGAGGCGUGUUUGGAGGAGGCGCUCUUGCUCUCCCAGCGCAGUCACGAGUACGCGCGGUUCAUCGCCGCAAAGCUUCGCGACGCGGAAGCGGCGGGCGCGGGCGUCUCCCCGCGCACCCUCACCACCUUCGCCAGCUUCGCCGCGCCCAGCGGAACCGGCGGCGGCGGCGGCGGCCCCGGCAGCGGAGGAGGAGGCGGGGGAGGGGGUGGUGUGGGCGGCGGCGCGUUCGGGAAAAUCCUAGUGGACGUUAUGGGGUUCUAUGUGACUUUGGAGGAGUACUUUAUGGUGGAGAACGCUGGGAAGGCUAUUAGGAUAGAUGAGCCCGUACCGGAUUCGUUCACCUCUUCUAUGGUAGACGAUGUGUUCUUUAUUCUCCAAAACGGCACGCGCCGCGCCGUCGCCACGUCGUUCCUCCCUGCGGCCGCCGCCGUGCUAGCCGCCACCGCCGCCGUCCUUCGCGCGGACCUCCGCGACGCGCUGCAGAGGAGAUUAAGAGAGCCCAACCUCGCGGCGCGGCUGCUGGCCUCUGUGGCGGCUAGUGCGGCGGCAGGCGCGGGCGGGGUGGCGGGAGUGGCCGGGGGAGUCGGUGGAGGGGCGGGCGGGGUGGGGGGUGGAGGGGGAGGGGGAGGCGCAGGGGGGAUGGGCGCAGGAGGAGUAGGUUCGGAAGCGACACUGGCGCUGGCGCUGAACAACGCGGAUGUGAGCGCGGAGUAUGCAAUGAAGCUGAAGCAGGAGGCGGAAGAAUACAGUCUGGAGGUAUUCCCUGCGCCAGCAGACAGGGAGCGUCUGAAGCCCAUUCUCGCAGACCUGGGGGAGACCAGCGCAGUGUUCCGCCAAGUAGCAUCCACAGGUCUGGAGCAGCUGGCCAAUGGCAUCGCCCCGCGCCUCCGCCCCGUCCUCGACCUGCUUGCCUCCUCCAUCUCCUAUGAGCUCUCCGAGGCAGAGUACGAGGAGAGAGAGGCCAGCGACCCCUGGGUGCAGCGGCUCCUGCUCGCGCUCGAGGCCUGCCUCGCGCCGCUACAGCCGCUGCUCACCGCGGCCAAUCAUGACGGGCUGGUCGGGCUGGUCACGGACAUGGUGGCGCGGCGGGUGGAGGCGGCUGUAGCGCAGAAGCGGUUCAACCAGCUGGGCGGGCUACAGCUGGACCGGGAGGUGAGGACGCUCGUGGGGCAUCUGUCAGCGCUCACCUCGCGGUCGGUGCGUGAGAAGUUUGCGCGGCUGACUCAGAUCGCGACAGUGCUGAAUCUGGAAAAGGUCGGGGAGAUUUUGGACUACUGGGGGGAGAAUGCAGGGCCGAUGACGUGGAGACUGAGUGCGGCAGAGGUGAAGCGGGUGCUGGGGCAGCGUGUGGACUUCCGGCCUGAGGCCAUUGCCAACCUGCAGCUGUAG